CGCAGGUGCAGCCCCGGGGGGGCGAGCCAUGUCCCGCCGGAAACAGGCCACCCCCAAUAAAGUGCGCUGGAAGCAAGUCUUGGUUGGCUUGGAGGAGCACGCUCGGCAGGCCAUGAUGAGAAGGGGCUUCUCCGGGCUGCUCGGGGAGCAGCAGCAGCAGCUCCAGGAGAAGGACUCCAGUGGCAGUGACAGUGAGGGGGACGAAGAGACCACCCAAGAUGAGGUCUCCUCCCCCGGCUCAGAGGAAGAUGGAGCGAUGGCCAAAGUGAAGCAAGAGCUCGACCCUGACGGGCCGCUUGGCCACUGCCAGCAGUUGGAUCUGCAUGUGAGCCCAGAUGCUCUGACGGGGCUCUCCUGUUGUCCUUUGUGUCAGCUGGAGUGCGGGAGCAGGGAGGAGCUGGUCACUCACGUCUACCAGCACACAGCAGCUGUGGUCAGUGCCAAGAGCUACCUGUGUCCUGUCUGUGGCCGAGCACUCGGCUCCCCAGGGUCCUUGGGCAGACAUCUUCUCAUCCAUUCUGAGGACCAGCUGUCAAACUGUGCAGUGUGUGGGGCACGCUUUACCAGCCAUGCUACUUUUAACAGUGAGAAGGUGCCAGAGGUGUUAUGUGCAGAUGCCCUGCCCGUUCCUGUCCCCAAAGAGCCUUCGGGGGCUGACGAGAAGACUCCUGCCCUGAGCUCCCCUGUGUAUCCGGCUGGUCUCCUCCUGGUGUGUAACAGCUGUGUGGCCUAUCGGAAGUUCCUGGAAGCUCAGUCCCCAGCUGUACGCAAGUGGGCUGUGCGGCGGCAGAACGAGCCCCUGGAAGUGAGGCUCCAGCGGUUGGAACGAGAGCGCACUGCUAAGAAGAGUCGUCGAGACAAUGAAACACCCCAGGAGCGAGAGGUGCGGCGCAUGAGGGACCGUGAGGCCAAGCGCUUGCAACGCCUCCAGGAGACAGAUGAGCAGCGUGCACGCCGCCUUCAGCGGGAUCGUGAAGCGAUGCGCCUGAAACGUGCCAACGAGACGCCGGAGAAACGGCAGGCCCGGCUCAUCCGGGAGCGGGAGGCCAAGAGGCUGAAGCGGCGGCUGGAGAAGAUGGACAUGAUGUUGCGGGCCCAGUUUGGCCAGGACCCCUCUGCAGUGGCCACACUGGCAGCUGAGAUCAACUUCUUUCCGCUGCCUGUGGGUGGCGUGGAGCUGGAGGGCCAGCUGCUGGGCAAAAUGGCUUUUGAGGAGCCAAGCCCUGGUGCCCCGCAUUGAGCUGCUGCCCCCUUGGACAAAACGGCUGGCAGCCUGUGAGCUGCUUGGGAUGGGACCCCAGGACCUGAGAAGGGGGGGCGAAUAAAGACGUCGUCCGUGCCUUCCCUGCGGAUUUUGACAAAGACUAGCACUAGUUACAACUAUUCCCGCUAGCAAUGAGGUUGAGGUCCAGGGUGCUGGAAACUGUGGAGGGGGGUCCUAAUGCUACCUCUCCAGUGGGCCAUGGAGGCACGCACAAGUCCCCUUCCCCUCUUGGAAGAGGCAUAGAAGGCUGGUUCCUCUUGGCUAGAAGGCCUCCUCUUCCCCCUCCCCCAGCUUCUCUGUUGGGGAACAAGAGCAUGGACUUCAUACUGCAGGUUCUGUCUUCUUUUUACUGAAGGAAGUCUCUACAGGCCUGUGUCCUUGGAAAGCUGCAGUUGCCUCAGAAUUAAGAAUUCACCUCUCCCUGGCAGAGCCCGGUUUGGAUGCUCCAAGUCAGGGCAGAAUUCAGCAACGGGCAAGAUUCCCUCCCAAGGCUUAGUGGUGCCGAACAGGCAGAAGUGGGAAGGCCCAAAAAGCAGUCAAGGAACUUGGCCCGUGUGCAGGAAGACCAGGAGCUGAUUGCUGGGGCCUGGAGACUGGUGGAAAGAAACAGGUGGUUGCUUAGAACUGAUGAUCUCUUGUCAUGCCUGCAGAUCCCCUUCGCAAGAGAAAGCCGCCUUAAAAUUCCGUGCUCGGCCGUGGCAGACUCCCUCCUGAAAUCCUCCUCCUCACAGCAUUUAACUCCUCAGCAAUUGGUGCAAUUCCUGAUUCACUCAGAGGAUACCCUUUUGCUGCUUCAUCUGGCAGAAAAAUGUUGAACUCACUUUUGCUAGCCUUUUCCCUCUCCCCGUGGGCAUGUGGGGUGGGGGGAGCCCCCCCCCCCCUUAGGCUUCUCUGGGCCCUUCUGCCUGGUCUGCUGGAGAGGAGGCGGGCAGCAGCGGAUGAGCCGGAGACACCUUUCUGUCCUUGUCGACUCCCAGCAGUCACCUCCACGCUUGUGGGUCCUCCUAAAUGGCUACAGCAACCCAAAAGACUGCUGAAAUGGGUGGCCACCCUGGAAGGCUACAAUUCUGCCUUGGCUGCUGGGCACCGACCAGAGGCAUGGGAGGCGUUAUCAAUGCCCUGCCUCCCUCCGCCUUUCCUUGACCACUCCAGUGACUUGUUCCCCUGCUGCUGCAGUCAGCAUGCCCUGCUGCCCCCCCUCCCGAAACACCAAGCAGGCACAACAAAGGAAAAGCUAUUGAUUUAUAAUAUAGAUAUGUGUACAUAUAUGUGUGUGUAUAUAUAUAUAUAUAUACUGUGCUUACAUAGUCAAAUUAAAUGCAGUAAUCGUUAAGAGCAUUAACAAUAAAAAUACAAUCUGUGUUGAAAGAC